CCCUUAACUUUCCAACAAGCAACAUCGCUCACCAAAGACGUCGAGGUGCGCUAUCUCUGGAUUGACUCGGUCUGCAUUGUUCAAAAUGAUGCGGAGGAUAUGAAGAUCGAAUUUUCAACAAUGCCAAGCGUAUAUGGAAACGCCGCGUCCUCAUCCAAGAACUCAACGGAAGGUCUAUUCAAUCCCGCUGGCUUAAGCCCUCUCCCUCCAUGCUCCGGGCCCUUUAAGUGGGAAACCUCUGGAGACAUGGCUACAAUUCGGUUUGUGAUGAUCCACCCCGUGGUUUCUAACUGGAAUGACGUAACUUGCGGUUCCGGAGGUGGCCCUCUAUCCCAGCGGGAAUGGGUUGCGCAACAGCGCCAUCUUGCGAGGAGAGCAGUUCACUUCACC